CUAGAGCUGGGUUGCGGAUCAAACCCGCCCCGCUGACCCGCCAAUCCGCGGAUAAACUGAUUUUUUUUACUCAAAAAAUUUGACCCGCUUGACCCGCAAGAAGAAAAUAUGAAAUCUGCACCCGCCCCGCUUAAACCCGCGGGUGAUCCGCUAGACCCGCGGAUAAUAUUAAUAAUAUUAAAAAUUAUUAAUUUAAAUAUUUUUUUAUUAAAAUAACAAUAAAAUUUAAUAUUUAAAUAUUUUUUAUUAAAAAUAACAAUAAAAUUUAAUAUUUUUAAUAAUUUUUAUUAAAAAUAAUAAAUAUUAAUCUAUUUAUAAUUAAAAUUAAAUUAUUUUUAAAAAAAUUUCCAUUUAAAAAUAAUAUUUUUUAAAAAAAAUCUUUUUUUAUAGUUUUUGAGGGUUGGCGGGUACCCGCACAGAAUUUUGGCUGACCCGCACCCGCCCCGCAUAAAAGUCACUCAACCCGCACCCGCGAACCAAAUUUUUCAAAUCACUCAACCCGCACCCACCCCGCAGCGGGUCAAAUGGGGCGGGGCCCGCGGGUCAAACCCAAGUUUAUGAAGCUCUGCUGAGAUCAGAAAUGGUGUUUAGAAACUUAACCGUCUCUUCCAAACUCAUCAAAAAUUCGACACCGUUACAAAACCAUCAAACCAGAUGGAUCUCGAGCUUGAAAGUGGUGUGGAAGAAAGACACGAAGCUAGACGAAGCCAUCGAGCAUGACAAGCUCGAGAUCCAUCUGGUUUGAUGGUUUUUACUGAGACUGCUCUUGUGAAAUAAUGGAACUUCAUGGGAAAUGACAGUCAUCUGUCUUAAUUGCACCCGGUCUGAUUAGUGAUUACAGCUGAACACAUUUGUCUCUAUCAGAAGGAGCUGGAUUUAAGUUGAAUCUGGUGUGAGUUACCAAAUAAUACAUAUUUUUUUUUUUUCACACCUUUGUCGGUGUAAUGCGGUUGAUAUACUUGAUCUAAGUAUUAUUACCUUUCUCGAUUUUAAUCAAGAAUCGCCUUGGAUAUUAAGGAUCAAUCAAAACUCAGUUACAGAACUUGUUUGACUAUCAAAGUUGUUUUGUCACGCUUUUGAAGUUGCAGCUACUAAUAGUUUUGAGAUUAAAAUGGUUGUGGAAUUUGGAACAGGUCUGGUCAAAGUGAAAGACUGUUCUACAAGCAACCUAACAAAGUCACGCAAAUCUAAUGGAACACUCUAAUAUGAACCUAAAACCCCUCUGCUUCCCAUCGUAAUUUUUUUGCUUUAUUUCACGUUGAAUAUAUAGUGAUGACCCACCAAAGAUCUCUCUUCACACACACACACACACACACACACAAACACUCUCCAUGGAAACUCUUUUUCUUGUAGCUGUUCUCCUUCUGGCUCUCUCCUCUUCCUCUUUCACACGAGGGCAAAGAAUCAUACAGAUUCCACCACCACGUCCGUUAUGCGCCUCUCAAUACGCCCUGGCUAACUACGCCUGCUCACGUCUCCCAAUGAACACUGUCCCACUUCCUUCCCCCAUUUCCCCUCCUCCUCCUCCCAUCUUUCCUCCUCCUCCUCACCAUGAUCAUGACCACGACGAUGACCACGACCACGACCAUGACGAUGAUGAUGAUGAUCACGACCACGAUGACGAUGACCACGACCAUGAUGACCAUGACCACGAUCACGACCAUGAUGACCAUGACCACGAUCACGAUGACCAUGAUCACAAUGACCAUGACCACAACCGUGAUCAUGAUCACGAUCAUGAUCACGAUCACGAUGAUGACGACCACCACGACAACAACCAUAACCACCGUCGCCACCGCCGUCGCCACCACCACCACCAUCAUCAUCAUCACAGUCACAGACACACAGAAGAGACGUAUGCUCAACAAGAGUGCUGCAAGUGGCUUAAGCAAAUGGACAACGAGUGCGUGUGCGACCUUCUGGUUAGGCUUCCGCCAUUGCUAGCAAAACCUGCGCAUAACUAUACAGUGUUUGUGGAUGAGUCGUGCAUCGUCACUUACACCUGUGGAGGCAGACUUAUGAGCUGAUCCUCCUAAACUAAUUGUCUCAUGCCUUUUGUAUUUCUUAUUUCACGCCCUUCAGUUUAAUUGUUGUACGUUUCACACUCCACCAGUCAAAAGUCAACCAAACCAAACCAAAAAAAAAGUAAGAUGGAUUGUAAUUUGCCUGAGCUUUGCUUCUUCCGUUGGAUAUGGGCUUAAGGUUCAUAGGGCAGUGACAUUAUUGUAAGCCAACUAGUAGAUUGCAAUUUUCUAAAUUUAUUUCAGGCCCGUGAAUUGUAUUUACAUCUAUGAAUAAAUCUAAACUAUUAAUUUGCUUUGAAAA